ACAGUGACAUACAUGUACGUACGGCACGUUUUGUACGUACUGACGUACAGUGUAUGUCGUUUACCCACUCAAUAUGGCCGUGUUCCGUACAAUUGUGGUGAUAUUUCCUCUGUUAAUUUGCCUGGCUACGCCCUCGUCAGCGUUCAUCGAAGGACUUUAUUGCGGCAAGGAGAAUUGCUAUGACGUUCUUGGUGUUACAAGAGACGCAUCAAAGGGUGAAAUAGGCAAGGCCUACCGUACUCUGGCAAGGAGGUUUCAUCCGGACAAAUACAAGGGGGAAGAUGGCUCUGAAAAGUUUCAGGAGAUUGCCAAUGCCUAUGAAAUACUCAAAGAUGAGGACGAACGGCGGGACUAUGAUUACAUGCUCGAUAACCCAGAGGAAUACUACAGCCAUUACUACCGAUAUUACCGGCGGCGAGUUGCUCCUAAGGUGGACGUACGCAUUGUCAUUGCUGUGACAAUCUCAGUCAUUUCUGCUAUACAGUACUUCAGUUGGUGGUCACGCUACAAAUCGGCCAUUGACUACCUAGCCUCUUCUCCAAAAUACAGAAUACGGGCCUUGGACCAGGCAAGGAAAGAAGGACUGUUUGACACUGGCAAGAGGAAAGGCAAGAAAUCAAAGGAGGAGUUAAAAGAGGAAGAAGACAAAAUAGUGCGGAGCAUCAUUGAGGAAAAUGCAGACAUCAAAGGGGGCUACAGGAAGCCCAGGAUACUGGACAUUUUGUGGUUUCAACUCCUGCUGUCGCCAUACUACAUUGUCCAGUAUAUCAUCUGGUACCUGCGAUGGGUCUGGAAAUUCAACAUCCUUGGCAAGGAGUACGGACUGGAGGAGAAACACCACAUUAUCCGGAAAUUUCUGGGGCUGAGCCAAACGCAGUUUGAGGGUAUGGACGAAUUUGAAAAGAAAGAUAUGCUGGCCAGGGAACUCUGGAUAAGUGAAAAUUUCAAGGAGUACAAAAUGGAGAAGGAAGAAGAGAUGAAGGCCAAACUGGCCGAGAGUAGUCGGCACAAGAGCUACCGGAGAUACAUGAAGAAAAAUGGCGUCGGACGCAUGUACUUUGACGACUAGGGUAUCUGCUUCGUGCAUGACCCGGCGAGGGCACUGUUCGUUACACUGACACUUAUAGAGGUUUUGAAACUGUGGGUUUGUGUCAGCUGUGGCUUCAGCACUGGCUUCUGAAUCAUAUAGAGACCAUUAAUGCAUUGGAGACUAGUCAUCCUCUUUGUGCAUGACCAGGAGAGGGCGCUGCAUAUACCCUCGACAGGUUUUGAAACCUCGGGUUUGACUUCAGCUGUGGCUUCAACUUCAGAAUCAUUAAGAGACUUUUAAAACCUUGAAGAUAGACAAGUGUAUCCUCUUCGUACGUGACCUGGCGAGGGCGCUGCACAUACACUCAUACUUUACAGGUUUACGAAACCUCGGCAUUGUCUCCAGCUGUGGCUUAACUCGGGCUUGACAAUCAUUUUUAGAAACCUUCCAACACCUUGAAGGCUAGUGUAUCCUCUUCAUGCGUGACCCAGCGAGGGCGCUGCACAAACACACUUGUGUAAAUUUUUAAUUUUGUUGGCAUUUUCCAGAUCACUCUAAAGCUGCAAACAUUUUUUUAAAAGAUACAGUAGGGCGGCUGUUACCUCGCCAUGGGGCUUGACUCCCAGCCAUGUUGAAAGUAAAAAGAAAACAAAUAUUGCCAUUGGCUUUUUUACAGUGUUUACGCAAUUUUUUUAUAGAUUUAAUCAGAUUUUGGUACUUUCCUGAAAAAAAAACAUCUAUUGAAGUAAGGGUUGGCAGUUGGUAUCUGGGUAUACAUUAUGUGUUUCUAAAUACAAUGUAUUGGUGUUCUGGUUUUGAUCGCGUUUACUGUUCCGACUUCGGCCAGAAAUGCUUUAUUGAAAACCCAAUAAUUCUGAGUUUUGGUCGGGGCUGUUGACCUUCCAAUUACAAAUAAAUUGAGACAUUUUACAAUUAAAUUAAAUUAUUUGGUGAUUUAUUAUAUUUUUUGUUGUUGUGAAAAUUGAACACUUCAUUGAGUUGUAUAUUUAUAUUUAUGGGUACUGUUGCUGGACUUAUAAGGCGUUACGUAAAUCUCUCAUUAGUACAGUGUUCUUCAAUGUAAUUGAAAAAAAAAAA